GUGAGAUUAAGAUUACUCGAAUUUCAACCCCACCGUCAUGAAUGCAUACGUUCUGUUGGCUGUCCUCUGCUUCCCUUUAAUGUGUAUUGGUGGAGUCCCACCACAAACAAUCAGUGCAUCAUCUUGUGGAGAGUUGGGUCGAUGGUGUGACCGGACAAUUUUCCAUCCUUGCUGCGAUGGCCUGGUUUGCAGGUUGGAAGGAUUCGCCAAUGGAAAGUGUGUUAAAUGUCUGGAGAACGAUUUUCUCUGUUUGGCUAAUUCUGAGUGUUGCAGUGGAUAUUGUUAUUUCUCUAAAUGUGUCAGUUCAUCAAUAAAUGCGAACAGAUUGUCAUCGUGAGCAUACGAUUCGAGUAGGAUGUCAGGCUGAUUUGUGCUGAGAUUUGUGCACGUCAAGUUGAUGUUGAUUUUAAAUAUAUCUCUUUGUUCACAGUAAA